GUGUGGAGCUCCUCCUGUCUGAGGUGUACGACUCUGCGUUCUCUGGUCUCCGGUCCGGUCGCUCCUUCUCUCAGACCAACAUCUACAGAGUCCUGCAGAGGAGGAUGCUGGGAGUUCGCCUCGCCCUCACCGGACACUUCAGAUGUCCCUCCUCCUGUGAGGAGGAGCGGCGGGCGGCGGUGGAGACGUCCAGUGUUCACGUCCCGUCCUGUGAGACUGGAGGAGCCUUCAGCUCCAGACAGUGUCAGCAGGGGGGGCAGUGCUGGUGCGUGGACCCCACGGGGAGAGAGCUUCCUGGGACUCGACAGUUGGGAGACUCCCUGGUCUGCAGUUCAGGUUUUGCUGACUGUCUCUCUCAGCGCCGUCUGGCUCUCUCGCGGCUCUUCUCCGGUCCCGUUGACCCUCCUUUCCAGGCCUCCUCCAUCAGAUCUCCGGCCUCCUGUCCUUCCCUCCUCCGGCCUCUCAGGAAGUUCUUGCCGGUGGAGGCGGACCCGACAUCCUUCCUGUCUCACCUGGUCGAAGUCCUCUACGGCCUCUUCCCCUCGGUGGGCGGGGCUCUGCAGGCUCUGGCUCGCUCCUCCCCCCGUCGCCUCCAGGAGAACCUGUUCGGAGGGAAGUUCCUGAAGAACGCCGCCUCCUUUAACUUCAGCGGAGCGGUGGGAGCUCGAGGAGCCCGCGGUCCGGACCGGCUCGCCUCUCAGAGUGCCUCCAUCAACCUCCAGAAGAACCGGGACCUGGUCCAGUCUAUCAGCAGAGCUCUGGAGGACCCGGCCUUCCUCUCUGCCCUCCAACACACACUGAAGAGCAGCAGCAGUUCACACUCGUCCUCACUGCAACAGGUUCUGACUCCUCUUCUGUGUUCCUGCUCCGAGGACGAGGACACGGCGGCCAUCUUUGUCCCCAGCUGCACGUCCAGCGGUGGUUUCCAGGAGGUUCAGUGUCGGGACAGAGAGUGCUGGUGUGUGGACCCUCUGGGUCGGGAGGUCGCUGGGUCGCGUACCGCCGCCGGUGGUCGACCUCGAUGUCCGUCCCGCUGCGAGAGAGAGCGAGCGACGGCGCUGAAGGUCAAAGGAAACAUGGCGGCCGGCGCCGAGAUCCUCAUCCCGGCGUGUUCGGAGGACGGAGACUUCCUGCCGCUGCAGUGUGUCGGAUCACGAUGCUUCUGCGUGGAUGCUGAGGGGAAAACGAUGACGACCGCAGGGUCAACGGGCGACGCUGUCACCUGUCCAAAGAGAACGACACAGAAGCUUCGGUCCUCUGCAGGUCGCUGCUCUCAGGCGUUUGAUGAGGUUACGGCGUUCAGACAGGAAGUGAAGAGCGUCGUCCGUCUCUCUAACUCCUCCCACCUCCCGCUGGGAUACGGAUUCCUAUUGGCCGAAGGUCUGCGUCUGACCCCGGAGGAGCUGCUGAUCGGCCAAUCGGAGGAGGAGCUGCGGAUCUCUGACGGGCUGCUGGGCCGCUCCAGAGCUGCUCUGCGAUUGGCUGCUUUCUCCACUGUCCAGAUGUUCCUGCCUCCUCAGCAUCAUUCAUACCAGCCUUUCACUCCACAGUGUGAUGCUGACGGAGACUGGAGACACACACAGUGUUACCACAACACAGGUCAGUGUUGGUGUGUUGAUGAAGAUGGAGAGUUCAUCUCUGACUCUCUGACCAGCCGCUCACUCCACCUGCCCAAAU